AUGACUGGCCUUCCAAUUUAUAUUAUAAAAUUAUUAAUGCAAUAUGGACAAGAAUUUGAUACAAAUAUUAGAGCAAGUUUGUUAAAUCUCUCUCCUUACUUUUUACUCUAUGCUCCGAAAAUAUUAUUAUUUAUUUUUUCCUUCUUUACAGAUAGAAUUGUUUGGAAUAUUUUAAAAUCUAGAGAAUGUAGACAGGCUCAUAAUUUUGAAAAUUCAACCAAGAGCACUCUCUUAUCCAAGUCUAAUUUCCUAUUCUUGAUUUAUUCCUUCUUUUUCACUUCUCUAGUGUUUCAUACUAGAACAUUUUCGAAUACUAUUUCAAGUGCCCUAUUGGCUUUGCUAUUCAUGUUGGAAAUUAAAAGGAGAGAAAGUGGAAGAAAUAAUUACUAUUUGAUAAUUUAUGGAUUUAUUUUUACAUUGGGAUUUUUCAGCAACUUUAUUUAUGCCUUUUAUUCAGUUACUGUUAUUCUUAUGGUUAUAACACUUCCACUUUUUGAAUCACCUUCAUUUUCUUCUGGAUUGUCACAAUUAUUUAAGAAUUUGUUGGUAUUUGGAUUUUCAACACUCUUCUUCUUUAGUUUAAUGAUUGGAUUGGAUACUUUAUUUUAUAGCAAUGUACUUUCAAGCAACUAUCAAAACUCUUUUAGAUACAUUUUCUACAAGUUGGAAUUGAUUGAUGAUUGGAACUCGAAAUCCCUCCCAAGUUUUUUCAAUUUUCCAAUUUACAUUACACCAAUCAAUAAUAUCAUUUACAAUUCAUAUGUGGAAAAUUUGGCACUUCACACACUCCAUUUCAGAGGACUUCACUUCUUUGUAAAUAUGCCUCUUUUAUUUGGAUGUACCUUCUUUGUAAUUAUUUUCAAAAUGAUAAUGUGGAUUUUCAAGUUGAUAACCAGAAACUUUGGUACCAAUAAUUGGAAUUCUAAUGCUGUUCCAAUUACACAAGUACCAUAUAUUAUUUGGCUUUCAUUCUUCUCUUGGUUGGCUGGUAUUGCUAUUUUGAGUAUAGCUCCUCACCAAGAACCAAGAUUUAUUCUUCCUUCCUAUUGUCCAUGGAUUAUCAUGUUGGGAUAUGAUUUUGAAACUCAGAGUCAAGGUAAAAAGAAUGACAAUGCAAGUGCUAAUCACCAAAACGAAUCAAAAUGGAAAUAUCAAUCCAAAACCUUCUUGUCCCUGUGCAUUUUACAUGGAAUUUUGGUUUCAUUAUUCUAUCUGUUUGUUCACCAAGCAGGUGUUGUUAAGAGCUUGAUUUCCAUCCCUCAAUUAAUCAACAAAUCACAAUCCAGCAGCAGCAGCAAUACCAGAGUAAUUUAUCACAAUACUUACAGUCCUCCUGGUUACUUACUUUCAUACUAUCAUCCAAAUAUUACAGUUUUAGGAUUAGAAGGUAUUGACAAUUCCACUCUCUUCAAUGAACAUUUACAAAGAGAGCUUGAAAACCAUGAUCAGGUUGUUUUGGUUGGCCCAACCUAUUUUAAUGAGGCACUUCUCAACAAAUCCUCCUAUCCAUCCAUCAAGCUUCUCUCAGAAUAUCUUCACUACAGCACUGAAACAACAAGAUGGUCUGAAAUUUCCAAUCACCUCUCUCCAAACAAUCGUUUGAAAGAGUUUAUUGAUUCUGACCUCACCCUCCAAGUUCUCUUACUUUCAAAGACGAAGAAUUGA